GAGAGUUGUGCAGAGCAUUUAGCACAUAAUUUCUCUCUCUUUCUCUGCCCACAGCCUUUCCUGGAAAGAAACUGAAACAAGAAAAAAGAAAAAAAAAAUCUGAAAGAGCUCUUCAGAUUAUGCCACGUGGCCCCACUCCUUAUAAUCGGAUGCAAACCUAUUUAUAUUCCAGUCUUUAUUCUCCUUUUCUCGUCCGCCCCUCUCUGUCUAUCUUCUCUCUCUCCCUCUCUCUCCAGCUCCGAUUCUCCAAACCCUAGGCUCCUUUCUCCAAUUGCGCCCGAUCGAUCGAUUUUUCAAAGUUCGCUUCUCAUGCUCCUCUACGGUUUAUCCUAAAAUAUCACCGAGAGGAAAAAGAAUCCGAGAAUUCUUUCUUGUUUGUAAAAAGAAAAUAAAGAAGAAUCGAAGGAGGAGGAGCUAGAUAGAAGAUUCGAGGAAAAACGAAAUGGCCUCGUCGACAACGAGCGCGGUGUACGUCCACGUCAUCGAAGACGUCAUCAACAAGGUUCGCGAUGAGUUCAUCAACAACGGUGGACCCGGGGAAACUGUCCUCAACGAACUACAAGGAAUUUGGGAAAUGAAGAUGAUGCAAGCGGGAGUAGUCUGUGGUCCAAUUGAGAGAUCUUCGGGUCAGAAACAGCCCACACCUGGUGGCCCAAUUACUCCGGUGCACGAUCUUAAUGUUCCCUACGAAGGGACCGAGGAGUAUGAAACUCCUACAGCUGAUAUGCUUUUCCCUCCGACUCCAUUGCAAACACCUGUUCCUACACCGUUGCCUGGAAGUGCAGAUGGUUCUAUGUAUAACAUCCCUACUGGAAGUAGUGACUAUCCUACUCCUGUGAAUGAUGGUGGCGGCAAUACAGAUGCCAAAGGUGCAAGGCCGAGCCCGUAUAUGCAAUCUCCUUCUCCUUGGCCAAAUCAAAGGACCCCACUCAGUGUUGAUGUUAAUGUCGCUUAUGUGGAAGGGCGGGAUGAGGUGGAUAGAGGAACCUCUCAUCAACCCCUGACACAGGACUUCUUUACGAUGUCUUCUGGAAAGCGAAAACGUGAGGAUUUUACUACUCAAUAUCACAAUGGUGGUGGAUAUAUACCCCAACAAGAUGGAGCUGGAGAUGCCAUGUAUGAAGUUCCAAAGGCAGAGGGAAGUAAGGGUAGUGAUUUCCUUGAUAGACGUGAUUCUACAACCACUGCAAAAAGCGAGAUCUUAGCAUACUUGGCUAGGUCAUCUUCAAAGAUCCCUCAACUGGAUGGACCAAUUCCUGAUCCAUAUGAUGAUAUGCUUUCUACUCCUAAUAUAUACAAUUAUCAAGGAGUUGCCAAUGAAGACUACAACGUAGUGAACACACCGGCGCCUAAUGACCUUCAAGCGGCCACUCCUGCUCCUGUUGCCCAAAAUGAUACUGGAGAUGACGACGAUGAUGAGCCAUUGAAUGAAGAUGAUGAUGAUGACGAAUUGGAUGAUGUGGACCAGGGAGAGGAGCUGAACACACAGCAUUUAGUUUUGGCUCAAUUUGACAAGGUGACCCGUACCAAGAGCCGAUGGAAAUGCACACUGAAGGAUGGCAUCAUGCAUAUAAACAACAAGGACAUUCUCUUUAAUAAGGCAACAGGCGAAUUUGACUUCUGAUUUUGUUAGAGAAAUGUCUAUUCACCAUCAAAUUGCAAAUUUCUUUAAAAGAUCAAGUGAAGGGUCCUUAUUAGGUGUUUGGUAAUUUUUCUUUGAUUAAUAUUAGAGUGAAAUCUUGAAGGAAGGGCAUGACAUGUUUUAUUUUAAUACCUUCCAUAAGACUUGGGUUGGAUGGUUGUCCUAUUGUACAUAAAGGAAGAGCUUUUUCGGCCUUAGAAUGGAUGGCUACUUGAGAUGCUUCAUGAAGUUUUAACAUUUCUGCGAUGGAAUAUGUAAUUUCAUUUUAACUACAUACUUAGACGAUUUGGUUUA